AGCAAGCUUUCAGCGUGGCGGCCAUCCAGCAAAAUUUCAAAGCACAGCUUCAAUUCUGCGACGGGUGUCCGAUGCAAAUUCUUCAUAAGCUUUGUGAAAAGAUAGAAGGGACGCAUCCUUCUAAAAUUAAGUUGGAACUGCAAAAACAUUUAACAGCACUGAAUAACCAGGAGCAAGCCUCCAUCUUUGAGGAAGUUCAGAAAAUAAGGCCAAGAAAUGAACAGAAGGAGAAUGAACUAAUCGUGUCUAUCCUGAGAAGCAUGUAUGAAGAAAAACAGAAGGAUCACGUUCACCUGGGGGACGUUAAACAGGCCACGCAAUCUUCUGUAGAAGCCCUGGGAAACGAAAUGCCGAACAACACAACUCGCUUCAAGCUUGACGUGCUCAGGAGCAAAGCCAAAAGGUCCCUUACAGAAUCCUUAGAAAAUAUUUUAUCUCGGGGAAAUAAAAGUAAGAGCCUACAGGAAACUUCCGGAAGUAUUGAUUUGGAUAGCUCCAUAUCCAGCACGCUGAGUAACAUCAGUAAAGAUACGUCUGUCGGUGACCACGAAAAUCAUUCCCCCCUGGAGAGCCCUCUAAAUCCAAAUGGAUCCAUGGACAAUCUUGACCUUCUCUCCACCAUGUCGGAAGGACCAUCUGAAGAACAUCCUGCCCAAUCGGCCUACCAGGGCUUCAGAAGGCGCGCUAACACCCUCACCCACGUUCCCUUGGAGAUGCAGGAGCCGUCUGAAUCUGCGGAAGCAUCUCCAUCUGUUUCGCAAAGAAAACUUCUGAGGUACCAUUCCAUGACCACAGAAACUCCAGACCACCAAAAGUAAGAUUAUGUUUCUGGCCGGGGAAGGGAGAGGCAGGGGGAGAAAAUGUUUGCAGUCACCCCGUGCCUCAAAGAAGUAAUGUCGGUUUGGGAUAAAAUGCUGAACACACCAGGAAGAUCGAAGAUGAAGUUUGACAUGGACAAAAUACACGCUGCUGUUGAGAAAGGAGUUCCUCGGCAGCAACGGGGGGAGAUAUGGAAAUUUUUAGCAGAGCUGCACCAACUCAAGCACCCAUUUCCAAAUAAGCAACAGCCGAAGGACACCCCUUACAAGGAGCUCCUGAAACAGCUGACUUCCCAGCAGCAUGCAAUUCUGAUUGAUUUAGGACGCACUUUCCCGACACAUCCCUACUUCUCAGCCCAGCUUGGAGCUGGACAGCUCUCUCUCUACAAUAUCUUGAAGGCGUAUUCCCUCCUGGAUCAGGAAGUAGGCUAUUGUCAAGGCCUCAGUUUUGUGGCAGGGGUGUUGUUGCUGCACAUGAGCGAAGAAGAAGCCUUCAAGAUGCUGAAGUUCCUGAUGUUCGAUAUGGGCCUUAGGAAGCAAUAUCGACCCGACAUGACGAUUCUACAGAUCCAGAUGUAUCAGCUUUCUCGACUGCUUCAUGAUUACCACAAAGAUCUCUACAACCACUUUGAAGCCAAUGAGAUCAGCCCCAGCCUCUACGCUGCCCCUUGGUUUCUGACCGUGUUCGCUUCCCAGUUCCCCCUGGGAUUUGUCGCCCGGGUGUUUGACAUGAUGUUUCUCCAAGGAUCAGAAGUUAUAUUUAAAGUGGCUCUGAGCCUCUUGGGAAGCCAUAAGCUUUUGAUUCUGCAGCAUGAAAACCUGGUGGCUAACGGGAAGAUCCAAAACCUAGAAGUGAUGGUGGAGGCUCUGCUUCACAACGAAGGCAAAUUGAAGGAGACCGUCCUGCAUCUGGAACGGGAGAGGAAAGCAUUGUUAGAAACUCUACAGGAAUUCCACGCCCAGCCAGAAAAUCCCAGUGGAAAAACUCUUCCCUCCGAACGUAGAGACGCCGCUAACUGAGCAUUUUAAGGCUCCACGUAGGCGGAGAAAAAAAGGGAGAGCUAUUUUCCUAAGCAACUCUUAGAACUUUUCGUAGCGUCCUUUUCCUUCGUCUUCCUUUUCAAAUCACGUCGCACAAAGGAGAAAUGUGUUACAGUGCUUGGGUGGAAGAAUCUUGCCUGUCUACGUCCCACAUUUGUUCCAAUAGUACACAAUCCGGAGUGCAAGCAGAGCGGCCUUUAAGCUUUACUAUAAUUUGACACAUUUCCACCUGGUCGUAAACGUCUGGGUUCGUUUACCCUACACAGUACUGCUUUUCGUUCUACGAGUUUCCAUCAAAUUUACGCAGGAAGAAUUUGGGGAAAUUUCCAGGCUAAACCUUACAGUCUGCACACUUCUCAAGGAAUUUCGAUUUUAGGAGCAUGCUGGAGUGAUUUCUUUCCCAUUUAAGGGGUUAAUGUGUGUUCAUUUAUGGUGCGAUCAUUUCCUCCAAAGCAGAAAAUGUGUUCUACUUACUCGCCUUGUGUUUUUAAAACACAGUGCCCGCGGGGACACUGACAUCAUGAAUUGCAAGAAGCCAAAAUGUCAUCCCAUAAUUUUGGGGAACUAUUCUUUCUGGUUGCCAAUGGGAUAAAUAUGGAUUUUGGUUCCUUUUAAUCUAAAGUUGUAGCAUAGCUGAAUGCUUUAAUAUCUUUCCCUUCUGUCUUUAUCGGUAGAAUCUGAAGCUGUCAUAUCGUUAUCGUUGAUUAUGCCUUGAAAUGUUACUUUAUUUAUUUUUUCAACCAUUGUGCUAUAAGCCUUUGUUUUCUUUCCCCAUUUUAAUUCCAGGAGCUCAGUCAGAUAUCAAGCAGCUUCAAACAUCACCUUUAAAAAUUCCGUAGCCACUUAUUUAAAUGAAAGAACUAAGAUACCCCUAUACAUGUUUGCACUUAGAAGCAAUUUACGGUCUUAAAACGGUUUUAUAAAAAAUAAUAAUAGUUGUAUUACUUUUCAUUAGGCGUGCAGGCAUUGUGGUGCAUUCAGGUAUUCUGCAAAUAGUCUAGGAUUCAUCACUGCGCAGUCAAAAUUUUAAUCAGAAAGAUUGGUUAAGAUCACCGUUGUCUGUUUUCAAACUGGUUUGCGGGUUGGUGAUUUUAAAAGUUUUUAAAUUAGUCACGUAAGGAUGACGAGACUCAUUGAGUGGGUUUUCCACUGAUGGAAAUAGAUCUGUAGGUGUAUCUGCACUACAAAUGUAACUUGAUUUAAUCACUAUUUCAUCCUGGGGGGGAAAGAAAGAGUUCCAUUUUUAGGAGAGCGUAGCGGUCUCUGAAAGAUAAUUUUAAAUAUCCUUGUCAAAUUAAAUUCAUUUGACCCUCGAAAGAAAAGCAGAACAAAGUAGCAGCCCCCCCCCACCUGGUGUAGUGUGGUUAUUUCUUAAAUGAGAGUUGACUGCAUUAAAUAACCAAUGUUCUUUGUUUCUAAAAGUUAACACUGGCUCCUUGGAAAAUAACGGUUGCCAAGUCACCACAGGGUUUUGCAUUGAUAAAUAUUUGGUCAUG